AUGUUCAAUCCGAUUUUGUUGUUUCAGACAUGGCAGGAAAAAGAGGCCGGAAAAGUGGUGUUGUACACGACCACCAUGGGGAUAGUCAGGGACACGUACCAGCGGUGCCUGCAGGUCAGGCAAAUACUGAGGACUCAUCUGGUCAAGUACGUGGAAAGAGACGUCUUCAUGAGCCGGGAAGUGCAGAAGGAAAUCCGAGAACGUCUCGGCGGCGACGAAAUUUCAGUGCCGCAGCUGUUCGUCGAAGGGAACCUCAUCGGAGAUGCAGAAGCCGUAGAAAGACUGAACGAAUCUGGGGAACUCCGAUCGAUUUUAAAACCAUUUAAGAGUCCGGACGCGUGUACGACGUGCCAAGUUUGCGGGGGCUACAGACUGCUGCCCUGUCCGAUGUGCAACGGAAGCAAGAAAUCUGUGCACAGGAAUCACUUCACCACCGAAAUGAUCGCCCUCAAGUGUAUGAACUGCGACGAAGUUGGAUUAGUACAAUGUUACGCCUGUUGA